AUGGACCCAGAUAAGCAAGAUGCUCUUAAUGGUAUUGAGAAUUCCAUUUAUAGAACAGCCUUCAAGUUACGAUCCGUGCAAACUCUGUGUCAAUUGGACCUGAUUGACAGCUACUUAAUCCAGCAUCUCCUACUACACCAAUACCUCCGGGAAGCGAGGACAGGCUCCCUCUCGGUGCAGCAGCUCUUCCAGGCCCUCCAGGGACUGUUUCAGAGAGUCAGGGUAGAAACACCAGGGCAGGUGCUUCCUCGAGCUUCGGAACUCACCCUGAGCCUCCUCACAGCGAUGUACGACAGCCUGGGGACCGGUGUUCUCAAGCUUGCGCCGGCUGCUGCUGCCCUGAUUGCCCUCUCCGGGGACAGUCCUCUCACAAAAUACAGAGCUCUUUUUCAGCUCUAUGCAGACAAUGCCAGAGGGCCCGGUGAGUCUGGGGCAUGCAUGACUCGAAGGGUGUUGAGGAACCUACUAACUGACCUACAGCAGAUCCCAACGGUGGUGGGCGAGAGCCGUGCUCUUUGCUCUGUGGAAAGUGCUACCCGCAGCUGUUUCCAAGGGGUGUUGAGCCCAGCCAUCAAAGAAGAGAAAUUCUUAAGUUGGUUGCAGUCUGAGCCGCCCAUCCUCCUCUGGUUGCCCAUCUUCUACCGACUGUCAGUCUCUGAGAUGGUCACUCACCCCGUGCGGUGUGGCAUCUGCAGGAACUUCCCCAUCACGGGCCUCAGGUAUCGCUGCCUGAAGUGUUUCAACUUUGACAUCUGCCAGGUGUGUUUCUUAUUCGGCCUUCACAGCAAGUCCCACCAGAAGUCUCAUCCUGUGAUUGAGCACUGCGUCCAGCUGUCGGCAAAGGAGAAUACAAAACUGCUGUUCAGGACCCUCAGGAACAACCUUCUCCAAGGGCGCUGCAGGAGGAAAGAAACGGAGAGAAGGCGGUGGCUGCUGGACCAAGGGGAUCCAAAGUGCGUCAGAAACCAUGCGCACGCAAGGGUCCUCAGACAACAGUUAAACCGAUGCAAAGACAAAUUGCAAGCUAUAUAUGCCUCCCAAGAAGAAAAAAGUUGCAGAUUGGAAAUCAAGAUUCACCAGCUCAAAACUAACCAGGAGAAUCUGUGGACCAAGCUACAGCAGAUGGGACAGGAGCUCCAGGCAGUGUUGCAACCACUUCACGCUUUAUCUUCUUCCUAUCAAAGUUUGACUUCCAAGAAUGACCAUUCUCUGGCUCAAAGGUCUUGGAAUAAAGGAGAGUCCUUUCAGACCAAGAAUAUUGCUGAGGAGGGCUCUGACUGGGAAUCUGUGCCUAACCCAACCGUGCUUAGCAGAAGUCACCCAUGUCAAACAAUUACGGAGCAUGCUCUACCAAAUCCAGAAACGCCCAAAGCCACUUUGAAGCAGAGGUCAGUGCAAAACAGUGCGGCACAGAGCCAAUCCCCAAAGAUGCUGAAGGAAACCCUGCUCAGUGCUCAGGAGGGAGUGCUGGAGGACACCCCCCAGUUUGUCCCUGCUGAAAUCAGCAGUUCUGGCCGGGCAUCGGCUGAAAGGAAAGCGACCACUAAUAUUGAGGAGAGAAAGGAUGAGCUGGAGGAAGAAGAACUGCUGUCAAGAUGUAUGGAUGCCUUCACUCUUGAAAUGCCAUCAGGUCCAAGGUCUUCAGGAAACACGAGCCUCUAUGGUGGAGCUGAGGAGGUGAGCAGGGCCUUCUCUGCCCUGAUUGAUCACAUCACCUUGCCCAACUUGAAGUGA